AGUUGUUAAUGCUCUAAAGAAGAAGCCUCAAGCCUGGCUCGAUUUCAUGAUGAAGUUUGAAUUGGGAUUGGAGAAGCCGGAUCCAAGGAGAGCUCUGCAUAGUGGACUAACCAUCGCAAUUGCUUACAUCUUGGGGGGAUUGGUGCCUCUCUUUCCUUACAUGUUCAUACCAGGAGCUUCAGAUGCUGUGUUAGCUUCAGUUGUCCUAACUUUACUGGCACUGCUGAUUUUUGGUUAUGCCAAAGUUUACUUCACCGGAAAUAAACCCCAAAUGACUGCCCUCCAAACUACCCUCAUUGGGGCCAUAGCUUCUGCAGCGGCUUUCGGCAUGGCCAAGGUUGUUCAUCCAUAAAACCAUCCAU